UUAAACUGAUUCUUUGUUCAGAGACUCUAGAAAAAUUAAUUCAGCAACAAAAUGGAUUCUUUACACGUUAUAAAAUCCUUUCUUCUUCUUCUUCUUAUCAUUGUUUCUAUUGAUCUUCCUCGCACGACUUCAUCAAACUCAGAACCAAAAGUUAUUACUAUCGAUGUAAGCCAAGCCCAGAAACUUCUUGAUUCUGGCUACACGUUUCUUGAUGUCAGAACUGUUGAAGAAUUCGAGGAAGGCCAUGUUGAUUCAGAGAAAGUCUUCAAUGUUCCUUACUGGUUAUAUUCUCCACAGGGGCAAGAGAUUAACCCUAAUUUCUUGAAACAUGUUUCAUCUCUCUGUAACCAAACCAAUCAUCUCGUCGUGGGAUGUAAAUCGGGAGUUAGAUCAUUAUAUGCUACCAAAGUUCUUGUUUCUUCUGGCUUCAAGAAUGUUAAAAACAUGGACGGUGGUUACAUUGCUUGGGUCGACAAGAGAUUUCCAGUUAAAGUGGAACACAAGGAACUCAAGUAUGAUGAGCUUUGAUUCAGAUUCUUCAAAUACAAGCAUCUUAAUGUAUUUUUUUACUUUAAAUCUACGUAGAGAAUGUGUAAAUGUAUUCACUAAUUAUAUUGCAAAAACACAAGAUUUGGGGUUCAA